AUGGCUUUAGCUUUUGUGAGUGCAGAAAGAGACACUAAGUACAUACGACCAGAUGGAAAUAUCCAUUUAGUAAAGAAGCCUCAAUAUCGGCAAGGAUCCAAAGCUCAAGUGCCCCACUUAGAACAAAAUCUCAAGUUGGAAGGGAAGCUAGAAUGCAGACGUUGUGGGGGUGCUCAUUUAACUACUAGGUGUUUUAAAAAAGAAUGGAUAUGUUUUGUUUGCAAGAAGCUUGGGCAUUUGGCAAAUAAAUGCCGGUUUAAAUUAUCAAUGAAAGGAAACAAUGUUAAAAAUGUGGAACAAGAGAAAGAGAUCAGUGACCAUCAUGAAGAGCAGGAGGAGGUAGUUCUAGGAAGUAUCAUGAAGAUUUCAGAGCAGGAUAUGGCAUGA